CGCUUCGUCUUCGCAUCGCCAUCCCUAACGUAGGGGAUAACGAGUCUGGGGUUUUUGUUUCCAAUUUCAUCAAUUCACCAUCCAAACCCAAGCACCAUACGAAUCGAUUUUGGUUUUCCUUUUUUGAAAUCGAUCGAUCCAAAGGGCAGCAACUGAGGAAUCCGAGGUUUUUUCUUUUCUUUUCUUUUCAGAAUCCAAAAAUGGCAAAUCUGUACGUGAAGGCCGUGCUGCCGCCGGAUCUGAAUCGGAACACCGAGUGGUUCAUGUACCCCGGAGUGUGGACAACGUAUAUACUCAUUCUCUUCUUCUCCUGGCUCCUGGUUCUCUCCAUCUUCGGUUGCUCCCCCGGCAUGGCCUGGACCAUCGUCAAUCUUGCCCACUUCCUUGUUACUUAUCAAUUCUUUCACUGGAAGAAAGGAACACCAUUUGGAGAAGAUCAGGGGAUUUAUAAUGGAUUAACUUGGUGGGAGCAGAUAGACAAUGGAAAGCAGCUUACGCGCAACAGAAAGUUUCUAACAGUUGUACCUGUCGUGCUGUAUUUGAUAGCCUCACAUACGACCGAUUACCAACAUCCCAUGCUCUUCUUCAACACUCUUGCUGUGAUUGUCCUUGUAGUCGCAAAGUUUCCAAACAUGCACAAGGUCCGGAUUUUCGGAAUCAAUGGUGAUAAGUGAAUUAAUGAGGCUCCUGUUAAGAUUAGAUGGUUUUGCCUGCUAAAAAAGCCACUGAUCCUUCUCAUAUAUGCUCAACAGUUACAUCUCUGUAUAGAAGUAGAACGAGAUUUCAGAGAGUAAUGUUUUCCUGCCGAGUGUGCUAUGUUUUACAAGCUGUCUCUUUGUAAGACAGAAUAAGUGUAUUGAGUUAUCUUUGUACAGUGGAUAAAUCUUAUGUAUGUGGAGAACUCUUUAUGUUUUUAUCCGCCUAUUACAUAUUUUCCAAAGUGAUUUCUUAUGAUUUACUGCCUCACAGCUAAAAUGAAUUGCAGGUGUUAAU